CCGGAGACGCUGGCGUUAACCCUGGGCUAGGAGCCGCCUCCUUCCCCUUCCUCUCCUCCCGCUGUUUUUCAACCUCUACCUCAGUCCGGGGCAAGCCAAGGAUGCGGGCCUGGAGAGCAGUGGCCUGCACGCUGGCCUUCACGGGCGUGGACGUGACGGUGACGACGCUGCUGUACGAGCGCAGCCGCAGCACCAGCAGCAUCCUGCAGGACCUGAAGCAUUUCAACAUCUUCGACUCCAUGCUGGACAUCUGGGCGGUCUGCCUGUACCGGAGCUGCUUGCUCUCGGGCGCCGCCAUCGGGGUGGCCAAAAACACCAACUACGGCCCCAAGCGGUUGAAAAGGUCCUGUAUCUUUAUCGCGGUGGUCUGCCUGGCGGCUGGCAUUUACGCCUUAGUCAAGCUUCUGCUCUACUCCGAGGUGAGGAAGACCAUCAAGGACCCGUGGUUCUGGAGUCUGUUUGCCUGGACAUAUGUGUCGCUGGCGGCCACGUUCUCCUUGUGGCAGCUGCUGUCCUUUGUGAGGCCUUCCCGGGAGUCGUUGGGCGUGAAUUCCGAAUCUAGGACAGAAGCAGAAGAAAUUGGGGACCCGACUUCUCCCGGCACUCAGGAAAACAAAGAGGAGGCCUCAGCAGCCACGAUUUGUAAGCUCUUGUCUUAUACCAAACCAGAUGCUCCCUUGCUGGCUGUGGCCUUUUUCUUCCUCUUACUUGCUGCUCUAGGAGAGACAUUCCUGCCUUACUACACUGGCCGAGCCAUUGAUGGGAUAGUAAUCCAGAAGAGCAUGGACCAGUUUUCCGUGGCAGUGAUGAUCAUGGCCCUUCUAGCCAUAGGAAGCUCAUUUGCCGCAGGUAUCCGGGGCGGGGUCUUCACCCUCGUGUUUGCUAGGCUGAACAUCCGGCUUCGCAACAGACUCUUUCGGUCGUUGGUCUCGCAGGAGAUGAGCUUCUUCGAUGAAAACCUCACUGGUGACAUUAUUUCCCGGCUGACGUCCGACACAACCAUCGUGAGCGACCUGGUCUCGCAGAACAUCAACAUCUUCCUGCGCAACAUGGUCAAGGCCACGGGAAUAAUCGUCUUCAUGUUCAGCCUCUCCUGGCAGCUCUCCCUGGUGACCUUCAUGGGUUUCCCCAUCGUCAUGCUCAUGUCGGACCUUUAUGGGAAGUACUACAAGAAACUCUCCAAAGAGGUCCAGAAUGCUUUGGCAAAGGCCAACAACACUGCAGAAGAAACCCUCUCCGCCAUGAAGACUGUCCGCAGCUUUGCCAACGAGGAGGUGGAGGCCAACGUCUACUGGGACAAACUGCAGCAAGUCUACAAGCUCAACAAAAAGGAAGCCCGGGCCUACACCUACUACGUCUGGUCCAAUGGCCUGACUCUGCUAAUCGUUCAAGUCAGCAUUCUGUACUAUGGAGGCCACCUGGUGAUCUCAGACCGGAUGACCAGCGGGAACUUAAUCUCCUUCAUCAUAUAUGAAUUCGUCCUGGGUGAUUGCGUGGAGUCCAUUGGCUCAGUCUACAGCGGCCUGAUGCAGGGAGUUGGAGCAGCUGAGAAGGUCUUUGACUUCAUAGAGCGCCAGCCAACCAUGGUGAAUGAUGGAACCCUGGCCCCCAGCCAGAUGGAAGGCAGAGUGGAGUUCAGGAAUGUCACCUUUGCUUACCGCACCCGACCUGCGACUCAGGUCUUACAGAAUGUUUCCUUCAUUCUCCAUCCUGGGAAAGUGACAGCACUGGUGGGUCCCUCUGGCAGCGGUAAGAGCUCCUGUGUCAACAUCAUGGAGAACUUCUACCCUCUCCAAGAUGGGCAAGUCCUACUGGAUGGGCAGCCUAUUAACAUGUAUGAGCACAAGUACCUGCACUCCGUGAUCUCUUUGGUGAGCCAAGAGCCAGUCCUCUUCGCGAGAUCUAUUGCAGAAAAUAUCUCGUAUGGCUUGGCUUCUGCCCCUUAUGAGUCCAUCGUACAGGCUGCUCAAAAGGCCAACGCCCACACAUUUAUUAUGGAAUUGCAAGAUGGCUACCACACAGAAGCUGGUGAAAAGGGAACCCAACUUUCCGGUGGCCAGAAGCAGAGAGUGGCUAUCGCGAGAGCUUUAAUCAGAAACCCCCCAGUCCUGAUCCUGGAUGAAGCCACGAGUGCACUGGAUGCAGAGAGUGAACACGCCAUUCAGAAGGCCAUUUAUGGAGACGUCCAGAACCACACGGUGCUGGUCAUAGCCCACAGGCUGAGCACUGUGGAAAAGGCUCACAACAUCAUUGUUCUUGAUAAGGGCCGCGUGGUACAGCAAGGGACACACAAGCAGCUCAUGGAAGAAGGUGGCCUUUACUACAAGCUGGUGCAAAGACAGAUCCUGGGCCAUGAAACCGGCACGGGGGAUGCCUGUCAGUUGGAUGGCAGUUUGGCAGGCCCCCGGAAAGACUCUCCAAAGAUGGGACUGGAGGAUGAGUUCCAAGUAUAAUGUCUCGUAUGCCGGACUUGGUCGUUUUGAGCCAGACAGCCAUGUUCUCCGAGGUGAAAGCACUAAGGAGUCCAGUCGAAAUCUCCCUGGAAGACUUACCCUCCUUAGCACCGUUUCACUGCUGUUUUCUAUACGAUGUCUGUUUACACUCACGUGCAGUAGACGUUCAGUGUGCACCACGCCGCUGGGGCACUGUCCUGCUGACCAGAAAGGGAACCAGUGGGCUACCCAUUCCCACAACUGCCCGUGUGUUCUCUUCUCCCACUGAUACGCAUGCAAAACCUGCUGUUAUUUAUAAACGGGUGUUUUUAGGCUGCAUGUAUUUUACGGGAAGAAUAAUGACCUCUGAAGGAUCUCUGUGGGUGGCUGUGUGGAAGCCCUGGCUUAGAGCUGGGGCCCACACCAACAGCCGCUUUUUGGAACUACUCCAGUGCCUAUAGACAUCCUUUCUACUUCCAUGAAAGCUCAGUUGGACCUAUCAAGUAUGGUGCGCUCGUUGAAGCGUACUUUCUAUAGGGUGCUUGGCUCCAUGUUUUGACCAGCUUAUAUCCAGGAUUUGCAAAAAUGGCCGAGCGGUUCUGGAUACCUCAAACGUGACACACGCAACGUGGUACGCAUCAAGGGUGCAGCUUGAUGAGGUGUGACAUUCACAUGGUGAAUAUGCAUGAAGUUUUGUUUUAGUUAAGCCAGGAGCUUUUAAGGCCUGUUUAAACUGAGCUGCGCAUCCUGUCCAGAACCAUUGUCCUUUUUUGUGCUUGGCCCCCAAAGGCCUCAGCUGCAGAACUUCCAUCCGUAAUGACACGGCUCAGAUGAGGGGUCACUCAUGGACUGCCUCCUGGCCUGCAAAAAUUGCACUCCUUGAGAGGAAUCCUCCAUCCUACAAGCAUUUUGGUUUUUGACUUUGGAGGUAGGCACCUUUAAAGAGAAGCAGCUUGUAAGAGCAACAUUUCCGUUGCUGUUUAUGAAUUGUAGAUUGUCAAGUUGGGCCAUCACCCUUGGGAGUAAAUGAGGCAAUCCUAUUUUCAGAAUUUUACAUUUGCAGCAACAGUCAAGAUUCAUAUUUGGGUUUUAACGCCUAAAACCAGUCAGGAAAGGUUUUU